UGGCGGCGGCAGCAGCAGCGGCGGAGCACCCACAGGAAAGCCAGCCGAGCGCAGUGUGACAGCUGCUGGGUCUUCCGGCCAGCCAGAACCGACGAUUCCAGCCCUCAGUGCCCACGCCUGAAGCUUCGAUCCACUACCUGUCCCACCAUGCUUUCCUGUGAUAUCUGUGGUGAAACAGUAACCUCAGAACCAGAUAUGAAGGCUCACCUUCUUGUUGUUCACAUGGAAAAUGAAGUUAUUUGUCCAUUUUGCAAGUUGUCAGGUGUGAGUUACGAUGAAAUGUGUUUUCAUAUUGAAACUGCUCAUUUUGAACAGAAUAUACUAGAAAGAAACUUUAAGAGGAUAAAUAUGGUACAGUAUGGAACUUCAGAUGACCGGGAUAAUACCCUGCCGUGUAGAAUGGACGUUAAUGCAAGUAUUCGUUCAGCUUGUGCAUCUAAUCAUCUGAAAAGUUCCACACAAAGCUUGACUAAGGAUGGUACAUUAAAACAUGAAGCCUUUUAUUCAGAGAACUUCACUGAAUCUGAAAAAAGUGGAGAAAAACAGUCUGGCCUAACAGAAAUAAAAGGAUCAAUUUAUGAAACCAUGUAUAGUCUUCCUGAAUGUCCAUUCUGUGGAAAAAUAGAGGAAUGUAGCCAAAAUAUGGAAACUCAUGUGAAAACAAAGCAUGCCAAUCUUUUAGACACUCCAUUAGAAGACUGUGAUCAACAACUCUAUGACUGCCCUAUGUGUGGGCUCGUUUGUACAAAUUACCAUAUACUCCAGGAACAUGUUGACUUGCAUUUAGAAGAAAGCAACUUUCUACAAGGUAUGGAUAGAGUCCAGUGUGCUAGUGAUCUAGAAUUGGCUCAACAGCUCCAACAGGAAGAAGACAAACAAAGGCUAUCUGAAGAAUCAAGACAAGAAAAAGAAGAAUUUAAGAAGCUGCAGAGACAGUAUGGUUUAGAUAAUUCUGGAGGAUACAAACAACAGCAACUACGAAAUAUGGAGAGAGAAGUCAAUAGGGGAAGAAUGCUGCCAUCUGAAUUUCACAGAAGAAAAGCUGAUAUGAUGGAAUCAUUAGCUAUUGGUAUUGAUGAUGGAAAGACAAAAACUUCUGGAAUUAUUGAGGCACUUCAUAGGUAUUAUCAGAAUACUGCCACAGAUGUGAGGCGUGUGUGGCUUUCUACAGUAGUGGACCACUAUCAUUCAUCUUUAGGUGACAAAGGUUGGGGUUGUGGCUACAGAAAUUUCCAAAUGUUACUUUCAUCAUUAUUACAAAAUGAUGUUUAUGAUGACUGCUUGAGAGGUAUGUCCAUUCCUUGUAUUCCAAAAAUUCAAUCUAUGAUCGAAGAUGCAUGGAAAGAAGGCUUUGACCCUCAGGGGGCCUGUCAACUUAAUAACAGGUUACAGGGAACAAAGGCUUGGAUUGGAGCAUGUGAAGUAUAUACACUCCUGACCUCCCUAAGGGUAAAGUGCCGUAUUGUUGAUUUUCACAAGUCAACUGGUCCUUUGGGUACACACCCUCGCUUAUUCGAAUGGAUAUUGAACUAUUACUCUUCAGAGAGGGAAGGAAGUCCAAAAGUAGUGUGUACAUCUAAACCUCCUAUCUAUCUUCAGCAUCAAGGUCAUAGUCGAACAGUUGUUGGAAUUGAAGAGAGAAAAAAUAGAACUUUAUGUUUACUGAUAUUUGAUCCUGGAUGUCCUUCUCAAGAAAUGCAGAAAUUGUUAAAACCAGAAAUAGAGGCUAGCAGUCUCAAGCAGCUUCGGAAAUCUGCGGGAAAUUUAAAACAUAAGCAAUACCAGAUAGUGGCAAUAGAAGGUAUUCUUUCUCCAGAGGAAAAAAUUGCCAGGAAACAAGCUUCUCAAGUGUUUACAGCUGAGAAGAUUCCUUGAAGAAUUAAGAAUUUCAGUGAUUGUGGGACUAUACUUCUUCAAAUUGAGCUCUUUAAUAGAACUUAUGAAUCUGUGAAUUCUCUAAUGCCCAACAUAUAACUUAAUUUCAAAAAUGCAUAUAUUAAAUUAAAAUUUAGUACUUCAUUGUUUAGCAGUUCUUUCAAUAAAAUAUCUUAUUUUCA